GGAAGGAGUUACAGUGCCGGUGUGAGAAAGUGCAGCUCGUUUGUGUUUGCUGUUGGCUGGAGAAUUGAGUUGGUUUUUGUGCAAAAGGACGACAAAGUGCCAGAAUUACAGAGGAGCAAGGAGCUGGCAGAAAUUCAACAGGUAUCUCAAACAUUUGACAGGCUAAAUAUAGUAGAAGAUUUGAAUGGACAAGGUGAUCAAAAAAACAUAGGAAGCCCCCAGCCAAGCAGCUCUUCUAGUGUUCACACAAUGCCUGUGAAAAAGAAAAGAAAGUCUUCAGGGGGGCCAGAAGAUGCUGGCAUUAGGAAAUGCAAGAUUACAAGCUUCUGCAGAUCACAAGCACCAGGUAGAUUGAUAAAUACGGAAGACCAUUUUUCAAGCAAGAAGUGCACGUCUUGGUAUUAUGAAUAUGCAGGUCCUGAUGAAGUUUUGGGUCCAGAAGGCAUGGAAAAGUUCUGUGAAGACAUUGGUGUGGAACCUGAAAAUAUUAUCAUGUUAGUCUUAGCCUGGAAGUUGGAAGCUCCAAAUAUGGGCUUUUUCACAAAGGAAGAAUGGAUAAAGGGAAUGACCUUACUACAAUGUGACUGUACAGAAAGGUUACAGAGCAAGCUUGAUUAUUUGCGAUCCCAACUUAAUGAUACUACAGCAUUCAAGAAUAUCUACAGAUAUGCCUUUGAUUUUGCUAGGGAUAAAGACCAACGUAGCCUUGAUAUCGACACUGCAAAGUCUAUGUUAGCUUUACUUCUAGGAAGAACAUGGCCUCUCUUCUCAGUGUUUCAUCAGUUUUUGGAGCAAUCCAAAUAUAAAGUUAUGAACAAGGAUCAGUGGUACAAUGUCUUAGAAUUCAGCAGGACAGUCCAUGCGGAUCUUAGUAACUAUGAUGAAGAUGGUGCAUGGCCUGUUCUGUUAGAUGAAUUUGUGGAGUGGCAGAAGGCACGACUGGCAUUAUAACCAGGAGGGGGUGGAGGGGGGGAGAAAGAAGAAAAGCACUAGUUUGGACAUUUUGUUUCUGUACCACUCACACAAAUUGCAAGGACAGCUGAGAAUCCAUAAACCAUGGGUUUAAUUGUCAAAAGAGACUGUUGCAGUGUUAAUUUAAAAAGGGGAAUUGUUAUGUUUUACAUUUGUCAUGGCAUUUAGUACAUAUCCAAUGUUGUACGAUCAACUGGGAAUGUUUUUUUGUUAUUGUUUUUUGUUUUUGGUCUUACCCUGUUUCUAAUAUAUGUUUUCAAAACAAUAAUAAAGUAUGUUAAAGUA